AUGGCGCCGGCGGUGGUGUCGGCGCUGGCCAAGUACAAGCUGGUGUUCCUCGGCGACCAGUCGGUGGGCAAGACCAGCAUCAUCACCAGGUUCAUGUACGACAAGUUCGACACCACCUACCAGGCAACGAUUGGCAUUGACUUUCUGUCAAAAACAAUGUAUCUAGAAGACCGAACUGUACGUUUACAACUCUGGGAUACUGCAGGACAGGAGAGAUUUAGGAGCCUUAUUCCAAGCUAUAUCAGGGACUCUUCCGUUGCGGUGGUUGUUUAUGAUGUAUCCAAUAGGCAGUCCUUCCUGAACACCUCAAAGUGGAUUGAUGAAGUCCGCACCGAGAGAGGUGGCGAUGUGAUAAUCGUGCUCGUUGGGAACAAAACUGACCUCGUCGACAAGAGACAAGUGUCCACAGAAGAAGGAGAGAGCAAGGCGAAAGAAUUGAACGUCAUGUUCAUCGAAACCAGCGCGAAAGCUGGCUUCAACAUCAAGCCGCUGUUCCGCAAGAUUGCCGCGGCCCUGCCGGGAAUGGAGACGAUGUCGGCGAAGUCGGAGGACAUGGUGGACGUGAACCUGAAGCCGACUUCCAGCCAGUCCAACUCGCAGCAGCAGGCGGGGAGCGGAUGCGCCUGCUAG